AUGCUCCCCAGAGUAUCUGUCCUGCUCGGCGCCGCCGUCGCCGUCCGCGCCGCCAACCACGGCAGCAACAUCGCCGGCGCCAAGGUCAACGCGACCUCCUUCGCCUGCGGCGACGACUGCGCCCACGACGGCGUCUACUUCUCCGCGACCGGAAGCUUCUGCUCCCUCUCCGAAGUCGUCGUUGAGAAGGCCGCCGGCGACCAGGAGCCGCGACUCGUCUGCGAGUCCAAGUCGUCGAGCGGCGUCACGAGUCAGCCCCUCGCCGCCAGCGGAGAGACGGCGCCGGUCUGCGACGUCUGGGAGAACAACAAGGACAAGGUUAACUUGUGCAUUUACUCCAGAGACAUCAACGUCAACCCGACGAAGAUUGUAGAGUUCGCGGAGAUUCAGCGCGAGCUCGGGACCAAGUCGGCUGGCCAGAAGAGCGAGUCGGAUCCGAACGCCCCCGACGCUGGCCUUCCCAGUGGUGAUGAUGGCAACGGCAGUGGUCCCGACGGUGAUCUCGACGGCGGUCAAGAGUUUGAACCUGCCCCGGAAGAGCCUAGCCAACCUAGUCAGCCCGAUGGUCCCGGUGGUCCCGAUGGUCCCGGCGGCCCCGGCGGCCCCGGCGGCCCCGAAGGUCCAGGGGGUCCCAGUGACGGCGGUUGUGAUAAAGGUCCCGGCGGUCCCGGUGGUCCCGGUGGUCCCGGUGGUCCCAGUGGUCCCGAUGGUCCCGGUAGUCCCAGUGGUCCUGGCGGUCCCGGCGGUCCCGGUGGUCCCAGUGGUCCCGGUGGUCCCGGCGGUCCCGGUGGUCCCGGUGGUCCCAGCGGUCCGGGUGGUCCGGGUGGUCCGGGUGGUCCGGGUGGUCCCGGUGGUCCGGAUGGUCCCGGCGGUGGUCUCAACAGUGGCCAAGAGUUUGAAUCUGGUUCCGAGGGUCUCAAUGGUCUGGGAGGCAUUUUCCGCAGAUGGCGAGGUCGUUUCUACGGAGCAUAA